GAACCGGCCGGCCUGCAGGUCGCCGAGCGGAGCUGGAGGGACCCGGCCGUCCCGGCGGACCCAGCAUGAGUGAAGUUCCCUGCAAGAAACGUGAGGACUAUUUGGAGUGGCCUGAGUAUUUCAUGGCCGUGGCCUUCCUGUCAGCACAGAGAAGCAAAGAUCCAAAUUCCCAGGUCGGAGCUUGCAUCGUGAAUGCAGAAAACAAGAUCGUGGGGAUCGGGUACAAUGGAAUGCCAAAUGGGUGCAGCGAUGACCUCUUGCCUUGGAGGAGGACAGCAGAGAGGAAGCUGGACACCAAAUACCCUUACGUGUGCCACGCCGAGCUGAAUGCCAUCAUGAACAAGAACUCGGCCGACGUGAAAGGCUGCAGCAUCUACGUGGCCCUGUUCCCGUGUAAUGAAUGUGCUAAGCUCAUCAUCCAGGCAGGUAUCAAAGAAGUUAUAUUCAUGUCUGAUAAAUACCAUGAUAGCGAGGAGACCAUCGCUGCACGGCUCAUGUUUAAUAUGGCUGGAGUCACCUUCAGGAAAUUCACACCCAAGUGCAGCAAGAUUGUCAUUGACUUUGACUCGAUCAACAGCAGGUCCAGUCAGAAGCCUCAGUGAGUUCCGGCUCCGGCGCUCACCCUCCUCUGAGGAGCUGCUGAUGCCCUUCGACUGUUCAGUAGCCAGUGCGGCAGAAGUAGACAAUCCACAGAACCGAAAGCCUCGCUUCUCCCUGACUCUCCUGUCACAUGGCCUCUGCAUCUGAUUAAGCUAUUGAUUUAGGGUUUAAGGUAAAGGAGCCUGUGGAUGGCCUGGCGCUAGGGGCUGGAGUGGGGUGCCUUCCCUUUGUGUGCCAGGGUGCUGCUGGCGGCUCUGCAGACGAGCGUCCGCGCUCUGCCAUCCACACAGCCACCUGCGCAGGAAGGACGAAUAAAUAAUCGUCGUGUUCCUAGUGGGAUGAGCCAACACAUUGAUUAGAACAUCUGGCCCAAAUGAAGCAUAACAUGAAUGCCCUUGGGGUGGGGGGAAGAGGACCCACAUGGCAGUGGUAUUAAAGUAUUUGCUGU